AUUAAUGUCUCAAAAAAAAACAUAUGAUUUGAUAUUUUUUUAAAGGUUUUUAAAAUUGUUUUUAAUUAUCAAUUGUAUUACAGAAACAAAUAAACAAAAACUAGUUGUCGACCGAAAUGCCGCCAAAAAAGUCGACUAAAGAACCGAAAAAGGACACCAAAAGCGACGCCAAAGACGGAGCAAAAGGUGGUAAAGAAGAGAAAAAGGGUGGAAAUGCUAUCAAAGUUCGCCACAUAUUAUGCGAGAAACAGUCGAAAUCAUUGGAAGCGUUGGAGAAGCUGAGGACUGGUAUGAAGUUCAACGAAGUGGCCCAACAGUACAGCGAAGAUAAGGCCCGCAGUGGCGGUGACUUGGGUUGGAUGACCAGGGGUUCAAUGGUUGGACCAUUUCAAGAGGCCGCGUUUGCAUUGUCCAUAUCGACCAUAUCUUCGCCCAUCUUUACUGAUCCACCCGUGAAGACAAAACAUGGUUAUCAUAUCAUUAUGAUUGAGGGCAAGAAGUAAUUCAUUUAUUGAUUGGUAUGGUUGAACCGGUUGUCGAGUCGACUG